AUGGGCAGCGAACUUGCAGAAAUGCCUGCAAUGGUAUUACUUCACGCAACACCUAUUAGCGUUGACAGAAGCCACUUUCGUAAUCAUGUUGGUGUAUUCUGUCGAAAAACAAUGAGUCUAGGUAAAAAUCCACGUUUGUACUGUAGUUACUGUCAUAUUAUCAAAUUAUUUUAAUCUAUAGUGUUAAAGGAUGUCAACACACAGGCUGCAGAACAAACUUUCUCUUGGUUAAAACAAUAUUCCCAAAUCAUCAGUAAUAUGAAUUACCUACGUGCUCCACUAUUCAGGUUGAUCUUGUUCCAUUUAAAAAAAUCUGUCGAUGGUGAGAAGAUCAACAUCAUUUAUCUUCGAUGUUGUGAGUUCAUAUUGUAUUAGAAAUCGCUUAAUACGCAGCUUCUUUUCGUAGGCUUCUGCAAUUCCUAAAGUUCGCGGCGUCUCUCGUUGCCACUUGGCUGAUAAUACAUUUCAAUAUUCUCCAACUUAUCAACAGAGCCUUGAGAUUUCUAUCGAUGAAAAUUCGACUCAUGCAUUAGAUUUUAAUCAAUUGAACUUACCUAAGGGACCCACAGAUUGGGAUACUAAAUUGCGAGAUAUUAUGUGUAAAAAGAAUUAAAUUAGAUGCAUCUAUUUUUCGUUCUAUUUGUAUUAACUUGUCAUUGAUUAACUUACAAGAGACUUUCAGGCGAAAUUUCCAAUUUAACAAAACUUGAAAAAAAUAUUCAUAUUAUAAAUUUUCUUCGGCAUAAAAUAACAAAAUUUACAUAAAAAAUAUAGUUAUAAUAAUUGUAUAUAAUGAAGUAAGGCUCUGUUAAGAAAUUAUAAUCCUAAAACAAAUCCGCUGGGAAACAUAAUUCAAACCAGAGUUUUGUGUGUUAUGGGCAAACAAGUCUAUAUGAUGAAAGAAAAUUCUACUUGGCAAUUAAAAUUCUAACACAGUUCUGCUGAAAAAACAUAAUUUUAAGCAGAACGUUGAUUUUGAAGGGGAAAUAUGUAUAUAUAUGUACAUAUGAUAAAAUAAAAUUCUGCUAGAAGAUCAAAAUUCUAUCACAAUUCUAUUGGAGAAAUAUAAUUCUAACGAGAACAUUGAUUUCAAUUUGAAGGAGAGGUGUGCAUAUAUGAUUGCGUCUAUGAUAAAACAAAAUUCUGCUAAGAAAUGAAAGUUCUAACACAAUUCUGAUCGGAAGGUAUAAUUCUAAGCAGAACUUUCAUUUUAGAUGGAUAAAAAAGUCUAUAGAACAAGUAUGUAUGAUAAAGCACAAUUCUGCUUGGAAUCAAAGUUCUAACACGAUUCUGCUGAAAAAAUAUAAUUCUCAGCAGAAUUUUCAGUUUUCAGAAGAAAGAAGGGUGUAUGAUAAAACACAAUUCUGCUGGAGAAACAUAAUUUUAAGCAGAAGGAGGUUGUUUACUAUAGCAUUAUUAAAGUUAUAUUAAAAUGAAGAGAAUUCGUAUGUGUAUUAUGAUAAAUGUAUAUACAAUACAGAAUUCUAAAAUUCUGCUUGUGAGAACUUUGCCACCCCUCAUCCACACUCAUGCUCACACCCACAUCCAACAAUAUAUUUGCCACGUGAACACGUUUUUUUUUGCCUCUACUACUCUUACUUGAGAAGCCUUCUACUCUCUUAUUUUCUAUCUAUAUUUCUCGUUCAUAAUACUGCGUAUAUUUGCCUUCUUAACCUCUUUCAUUGCCAAAAAUGAAUUGUAUGAAAAGAAAAAUUGCCGGGUCAAAAAGUUCAACCGGUAACAUCAGCUAUUGAGAGUGUGGGUGUAGGUAUGGAUGCGGCUGUGGGUAUUGCUGUAGCCGUGGCUGUCGCUGUGGGUGCCCUUGCGCCUGUGAGUGUGGGUGUUGGCAAUCCCUUUACUACAACCGACAGCCACAGCCACACCCACCCACACCGACAUCCAUACACACAUCUACAUCCACACCCCACAUCCACAUCCUCACACCCACAUCCACACCUACACCCA